AUCACAUCGAGGUCACUCGAUGGGAGCACUUCCUUUUAGUUGACAACAGCGAGUAAAGGAGCAGUGAACUAGCUGAUACAAUACAACAGUAAACUAAGGAAGACAAUUAUCUUAGCAAAUAACCGUCUUAUGUGUCUUGAUUUCUAAGGUGUACACACAGCAUGCACUCUGGAUGGUCCAUUUGUUUGUCCUACAACCAAGUACACUGUAUAUGACUGAGUGAAACUUUGUCAUCAAUCCCCCAAAACAUCCAUGUGUAUAAUUUUCUUCAAGUUUGACCCUCGGCCUGCAUCCAAAAAUGCCUACAGGCUGAUUUUGGCGGCAAACAGAGAUGAGUUCUACGUCCGGCCGUCCAAAGCUGCAGACUUCUGGGCGAACAACAGCGAGGUACUCAGCGGCCUGGACUUGGAGUGUGGGGAAGGAGGGUCAUGGCUCGGGAUCAGCAAACGAGGCAAACUGGCUGCCAUCACAAACUACAUGGAGGGACAAAACCCUGACGCACAGGGGAGAGGAUUUCUAGUGUCUAACUACCUUAUGGACAGGGAUGUGGACAGCUACUCCUACCUAAAGAAGGUGUCUGCAGAAGGCCACCUGUACAACGGCUUCAACCUCCUCACAGCCGAGUUCAAAGCCAAACAAGACACUGUGUGUUACUAUGGAAACAGAGGCAGCCCUGAACCCAUCCAUCUAAAAGCAGCAGGAAUCUAUGGCUUGAGUAAUUCUCUGCUGGACACACCAUGGAAGAAGCUGCUGAAAGGCAAACGUCACUUCAGCAGCGUUAUCGGCGACCAAGCGCUGUCCGGCGAUGGACUGGUGCAGGAGCUGCUCACCGUGCUCAAUAAUGAGGAGCUGAACUCACCUGAUCCAGCUCAGGAGAGCCAGGGUGUUGGUUACAGCAAGCCCAUCCUGCAGGCUCAGUCCGCAGUGUGUGUCCGCACCCCUCAUUACGGCACAAGGACCAACACGAUUAUCCUGAUAGACGCAGCGGGUAAUGUGACCUUCACAGAGCGCACCAUGCCCACCAGUGACACGAACAAAUGGAGCACCAAUUCUUUCCAGUUCAAACUGCAGGUGUGAAGACAUGAUGGUGGAAAACCCACUCUGUGCCUUUCUGCAUCGCCCACCCCCCCUGCUCCUCCUCAGGCUGCAUUUCAUUACAGCAGCUGUGUGAACACGAAGACUCUUCUGCACUUUUUCUUCAGCUAGUCGACGCUAGCUUUCUUAUCAACUUCUGUGAUAUGUAUUUCUUAUUCCAGAUUUAAGUUAAGAUGCAUCUUUUGAAAAUGUGUGCUCAUUUAAAAGUUUGCCAAAGAACAUUUCGUAGCAAAAGCUAUUUAACGUACACUUUACGAAACAGCAGGGUUGGGUUGCUUAUCCGUUACAGAUUGCUGGUGAUCUGCUUUCAAACGCAAUCAAUACCGAUAAUUGUAAUAUAAUUUAUUCUUGUUGGCUUCUUAUUUUUACCUCUUUUAAAUGUGUGAUAUGGAGUGAAACACACUUUCCAGACUGUUUUACACAUUGGGAAAGCAUUGGAUUUCCAGGGUUUUGUAAGGAAUGUGAGAUCUGAUUUAAAUUUACAGUAACCAUCACAAAUUAAAACUACUUUUACAAACAAGUUUUGCCCCAACCCUGCACAACAGUAGCCUCAGCAUUGGUUAAAACAAUGGAUUUUUUCUGGCACUGACCAUGGUAGAAUAAUGCAUUUUUACAACUGUUUGACAAUAAAGUCAUUAUAUUCAAA